UGUGGAGAAAAUAUUGUCAAAGUCCCUAUAUUCAGAAAUGGAACUCCGCUAGAUUGCAGCAACUACAGAAAGGUAACCCUAAUAUCCCAUGCAAGCAAGAUUCAACUUCAUGUAAUACAUAAAAGACUAAAAGCUUUUCUAUUGCCUUAUGUAUUAGAAGAACAAGCGGGAUUUGUCCCAGGAAAAGGCACGUGAUGCCGACCAUAAUGUAGCUUCUCCUAUUUUAAAAAUUUUAAAGUGUUUGUCCUUGUGUAGUGUAGUGUACUGUACAAUUUUAUGUUUAUGA